AAAGCGCCCGCGGCCACGACGAAGACACGCGAUGCGACGAAUUACUCGGCCACGCCGGCCGCCUCCCAGACAAAGCUCGUGCAGUACAAGCGCGACAAGCCCGCGCAGCCCGCGACGGCGCCGUCUGUGUGGGGCACCGAGUCGCGGUUAUUCCCGGCCGACGGCCAACAUCCGCUGCGCUCGGCGUGGGCUUUCUGGUUCAUGCACCGCGCGCCCGGCGAGAAAAUCACCGACUACGAGUCGGCCAUGAUCCGCCUGGCUAGUUUCGGCACUGUCGAAGGGUUCUGGGGCGUGUACAGUCAUCUUCUGCGUCCGAACCAGGUCCCGACGAUCACUGAUUAUCAUCUGUUCCGGGACUCUGUGCGGCCUGUGUGGGAAGACCCGGCGAACAUGAAUGGCGGCAAGUGGAUGAUCCGCUUGAGGAAGGGGCUGGCAACGCGUCUGUGGGAGCGCCUGGCAAUGGCUGUUGUCGGCGAUGUCUUUGAUGUGGGCGACGAGGUCUGCGGUAUCGUGCUGUCUAUAAGGAAUUCGGAGGACAUUCUGUCGUUGUGGAAUCGCACUGCUGUCGACGCCAAAACCAAUGUGCAUAUUCGCGAUAUCAUUAAGCAGGUCCUCGAGGUCCCUGCAGAAACCAUCAUGGAGUACAAGGCACAUAACGAUUCACUCAAGGACAACUCUAGUUUUCGCAACACCGAUGUCUACAAAUAGGCGCCAAAUAAAAUGAUGGUUGAACAUUC